AUGGGUUUCGACUUCGGCGUCGGCGACUUCCUCACCGCGCUGCAGUUAGCCAAGACACUAGGCAGGCGCUUCGUCGAUGCGCCGAAUGUGUUCCAAGCGCUGUCCCAAGAGGUACAGCGCCUCUCGACUGUUCUCCGGGCCAUCGACGACCUAGACCCACAGGAUGCGCUUGAAGAUCGACAGAAACAACGGCUGAACCGAAUUUCGCGAGAGUGUGGAUAUGCGCUGGACGAGCUUUGGCGAUUUUUGGAUCAGUAUCAAUAG